GUUGGGAACAGCUCUUUGCUAGCCACGUCCGUAACUAUGGGCUAUAUAAAUUAACUUGGGCUUUACUGUACAUUGCUGACUCCACUACCAUUGGUUUAUAUUAAAUCCCUCCCCUGCCCAUAUGUGACCUCUGAAUAUUGUCACCACCAGCGCAUGCAUCUUAUACAUCUUUCAUUUUGCCUACAUGGUAUGCGCUGGUGACUUAUGAGUUACCACUGGCCAAUUUAUCUACACACUAGUGACGUAAUUGUAACCAUAGCAACUAACAUCAGAUUGAGUUGACCGUUCGCUGAUACAAUUGACAGCAUCGGGAUAUCUAGCCACGCCCCUUCUAAUGACAUCUGACGGGGGCGCGGCUCUCCCGAUGCUGUCAGACAGCGACCGGAUAUAACGCCAGACGCCGCAAACACAUGCACAGAGCGCACAGUAUCCACUGCAGGUAUUCGCUCCGUCUGAACUACUUGCCGAACUCCAGUACCCUGGUGCCACUAACCGACCGUGCAAAGGAGCUGUCAGAGACCGUCCGGGAGAACUGGGAGCGGAUGAAAGGAUCAGUGACUCUGGAGAAUCGCUUUGGCGCUUUAUAUAAGGUCAUGUGUGACAAUAUGGCCUCCUAUCUGCAGAAGAAGGAAACGCGGCUACAGAAUGAGAAAAGGAAACUGUCGACCAAACACGUGGGAUCUGUGGGCAAAAAGCACAAGACCUGACCACGGAUGGUUGUGUGGACUCAUUGUUCUCUCCUCACAGGAUGGAAUGUCCUGUGGACCAAUAAAUGACCCAGAAAUGGGGAAGCGACCAGUCACGUACUUAUUGAGAAAGGGUGUCGGCCACACGCUUCACUGACCCUCUACACCCCCACAAUCCUAUCACUGACCCUCUACACCCCCUCAAUCGCAUCACUGA